AUGAGUGGUGCAGCAGAUAAGGACGUUCCUCCCGUCGUCCCUCCCAAAGAACGCUCUCCAUCUCCCGAUGACGGUCUCCUCCGCGAAGAACCACUAGAUGAACCGACCACUACAAAACCCCUUAAAUCCACCGAUGUCCCAACCGUCACAGCUCCCCCCGCUGCCUCUCAAACAGUAACAGCCCCUCCAGCACCAACGGUUGAAUCUGUAGCAGAGGAAGGAGAAGAAGUACCUCCUCCAAAACCUCCAAGACCUGUGUCAAAGCUUGAACAAAAUGUUGCGACCUUGGCUGAGGCCUUUCCGGAUAUCGAUGUUUCCGUUAUUAAGGCUGUUUUGACGGCUUCGGGAGGAAGGGUUGAGCCUGCAUUCAACGCCCUACUAGGCAUGUCAGACCCCUCUGCCGCCGUCGAAAUCGAAGAAACCCCACCACCACAACCACCCCGCCCCCGCCAACAACAGCAGCAACCCCGCGACUUCAGAUCAAGCGACCAUUAUAACCCUGCAAAUGUCUACAAUGAUCAAGCUCAACCACAGACCUCGACCCCAGCUUCCCAGAUGGAAGCCGACGAAUUAUAUGCCCGACAACUCGCAGAACAUUACGGUGGUCUUCCCCGUGAAUCCCGUGAAUCCCGUCAGGGUCGUGGUGGCUAUGGGAAUUAUCCUGAACAGCAACAUCAGCAACACCAGCAACAACAGAGACGAAGACAGCAUCCUCAGGAGGAGGAGGACGAUAGAGAGCGCUCGUUCUUUGAUGACGAUCUCCCCGUUCUUCGUGACAACUUGAAAAAGGGCUUCCUAGAUACCCAAACAAAAUUCAACAAGUUCCUUACCGACUUUAGCAAGAAGAUUACAGGUGAGGAGGAAGAGGGACAAAAUCAGCAGCAGCAGCAGCAGCAGCAUUAUGGCGCUGGAAGAGGUCAGGGCCAAGCUCAAGGCCAGGGUCAAAGGUCGCAACAAUAUCCACAACGGUACUCGAGUAGGCGUUCCGGCGAAGGAUACGACGCAGAUCCAGAGGUUAUACAAGGCGACUUUAGUCACCUAGAGUUAAGGGACAACAGUGACGAACCCCGCCGCCGGCCCCUCGCUAAUCCAAAUCUCUUCGGCUCCAACCCCACAAACCCAUCUGGCGCCCCUCGCAAAACCGUUGGCUUCGCUGAGCAAUCCGAAGAAGACCUUUACCGAAAACCCACAAUUACUACCACCAGCAAUACAAAUUCUUCAAACCCCGCGAGUGCUACGGGACCGGCUCCGACAACUGGUAGUAAAUGGGCUCCCCUAGCAACUGUGGAUCCAACGCCUAUUUCGAAUGACCCCUUCCAAUUAGCAGAUUCGGAUGAUGAACAUGACAAUAUCCAGACUACGUCUACAAAGACGGGACCGCAGGAAACUGGAACGAAAAACACAACUACGACUAAGUAG